UGUAUUCACUUAUUGAACGUCAUUCAGAUAGGCGAUUUCUAGUUUACAAAACGAGCGUCCCCAACAGGGAAGUGUUUCGUAGCAGGGGGUAGUGUGAACUCAGCAARGGCAAAGGGAAGGGACAGAUUCAAAGUUACUGUCAAGUCUGCGUGAUGUUCAUCUGUUCAGAACUGUUACACUGCUAAAUUCAUACACGGUUGAGUCAGAUGGUCUUUCCAGGUUGUGCUGUGGUCUCCAGGAGCGGAUCCGUGGAACAUUGCCAUCAUCGGAGCAACGGAAGCCCACUAAACGGAUUAUCUUCCAUUCAAGUCAGUGAAUGAAGGACAAUCAAUGAAUGCACAAAGAUUAAUUUCUCAUUGGACAAACCAGGAAUGACCUGUCUUGUACUAUAGUUUCAUAUACAAUUGGAACGUCAGUAGAUGGAAACAGAAAGACCCUCAACUUUAACGGACUAAAACUCCUGCCAUCCGAAAGCUUCUCCUACACAACCACCAUUUAGGAUUGUCUCAACUGUUCUUUUGGUUGUUUUCUCCUGGCCACAUCCAAAAUGUCUGAGGCUGACUUCCAGAGACUUGAGCUCUUUAACACGACCCUGUGCAGAUAUCGUGAGGACCCGUCCUGUAACCAUUCCCACCUGAACUUCCAUGACACCAGCAUGGUAUACGAUCUGGACUUCCCUGGCGAUGGCUCCCCCUGGCUGCGCACCAUCAUCUCUGUGGUUUACUGCACCGUGGCCAUCGUCGGACUGCUGGGCAACCUCCUGGUGCUGCACCUUCUCUGCUCCACCCGGACCAUCUUCAAGAGUACCAUCAACUUCUUUGUGUUCAACCUGGCCCUGGCUGACUUGCUGCUCUCCCUGGUGCUGUCGUUCUGGGCAGUAGACAUCGCCCUGGACUACAGCUGGCCUUUUGGUUUGACCAUGUGCAAGGCCGUGUCCCUCCUGACAGGACUCAACGUCUACGCCAGUUGCUUCUUCCUGACCGCCAUGAGCUUGACCCGCUACUGUUCGGUGGCUACAGCGCUCAAMCCCGCUGCACCACUCGGCCGCAAGCUUUGUGAUUCCCGGGUGACCACCGCACUUAUAUGGGCCGGGGCACUGGUGUUUGCUUUACCGCGAGCCCUGUUCGCCGAUCUCAACAGAGUAGGCAUGUCCAGUGACACUGCAUGCCUGCUCAGAUUCCCUAAAGGUACGAAUUGGCUGGCUGUCAACCACCUCCUGAGGCUUCUGUUUGGCUUUCUGUUGCCCUACUUCAUCAUGAUCCUCUCCUACCUACUCAUGCUGCGAUUCCUCUGCCGGCACAAGCUGAACGGGGUCAACCCACGGCGACAGGCUCAUGUCUCCAAAUCCGUGGCAGUUGUGGUGCUUUCCUUCUGUACCUGCUGGUUCCCGUAUAAUGUGCUAACUCUCUGGAGUUCCCUGAUCCAACUGGACCUCACAGAAAUCAGUCCCUCCUACUACUUUGUCCAGACCUACUUCUUCCCCCUGGCAAACUGCCUGGCCUUUACAAGUAGCUGCCUCAACCCUGUCAUCUACUGCCUCAUUCGCAGGGAGUACCGCAAGGCCCUGCGUAGCCUGGUCUUGAAGUCAAGUCUGGCAAUUGCUUCCAAGGACUGCCUCUUGGCAGUCAAGUCCAACGAGGGCCAGAACCGCGACGGGCAGCUGGGCAUCCCGCUCAACAACAUGGAGAGCCAAACGGCCCAGUCUUACACCAAGAGGUCAGCACUGCCUUCUACCACUCUAUCGCUGGCUCCCAGUCCCAAGAGCCUCUGCCCUCUCAAUGAGCUCACCUGAGGAGGAUAUCACUGACCCUCAGACAUAUAUUAAUUAGAAGCUUCAAUUCAGGUAAAGUUUGUUGGGUUUUUUGCAUGGGUAUGUCCCCCACACGACAAACCUUUUUUUUCCUUUACCAAAGACACAAAGUUGUCUAUAU